GGCCGGAUGGCGGCGCCGCUCCUCCUGCGCCGCGCCGCACGCCUGCUGCCGGCCGCCGCCGCCUCCUGCUGCCGCUGCCGCCGCCGCCUCCUGCUGCCGCCCGCGAUGCAGGCCUUCCAGUACCCCGAGGUGUACCGCGACGAGACUGCCGUGUUGGAUUACCAUGGGUGUAAAAUAAGUGAUCCAUACUGCUGGCUUGAAGACCCUGACAGCGAACAGACAAAGGCAUUUGUGGAGGCUCAGAACAAGCUUACAGUACCCUUCCUUGAGCAAUGUCCUGUCAGAGGAUUAUUCAAAGAACGAAUGACAGAACUCUAUGACUAUCCAAAGUACAGUUGCCACUUCAAGAAAGGAAAAAGGUAUUUUCACUUUUACAAUACAGGACUGCAAAACCAGCGAGUAUUAUAUGUACAAGACUCCUUGGAUGCUGAUGCCAAAGUUUUUCUUGAUCCAAAUAAGCUUUCUGAUGAUGGCACUGUAGCUUUACGAGGUUAUGCAUUCAGUGAAGAUGGUGAAUACUUUGCAUAUGGCCUGAGUUCUAGUGGUUCUGAUUGGGUUACUAUUAAGUUUAUGAAAGUGGAAGGUCCUGAGGAUCUUCCAGAUACAUUGGAGAGAGUUAAAUUCAGUUGUAUGGCAUGGACCCAUGAUGGAAAAGGCAUGUUUUAUAACUGCUAUCCAAAACAAGAUGGGAAAAGUGAUGGCACUGAGACCUCCACUAAUCUCCACCAAAAGUUGCAUUACCACGUAUUGGGAACCAACCAGUCAGAAGAUAUCUUAUGUGCUGAAUUUCCUGAUGAACCGAAAUGGAUGGGUGGAGCUGAGAUAUCAGAUGAUGGUCGAUAUGUCUUACUGUCCAUCCGAGAAGGAUGUGAUCCAGUGAACAGGCUGUGGUACUGUGAUCUACAAACAGAGUCUCAGGGUAUAUCAGGAAUUCUUCAAUGGGUGAAGCUGAUAGACAACUUUGAAGCUGAGUAUGAAUAUGUCACCAAUGAAGGAACAGUGUUCACUUUCAAGACAAACCGCCAUGCUCCAAAUUACCGGUUAAUCAACAUUGACUUCAGUGACCCAGAGGAAUCUAAAUGGAAAGUUCUCGUCCCUGAACAUGAAAGAGAUGUUCUAGAAUGGGUUGCUUGUGUGAGGUCCAACUUCCUGGUUUUAUGCUAUCUGCAUGAUGUGAAGAAUGUCCUGCAACUUCAUGAUCUAGCUACCGGUGCACAUCUUAAGACUUUUCCAUUAGAAGUUGGCAGUAUUGUGGGAUACAGUGGCCAGAAGAAGGAUACCGAAAUAUUCUAUCAGUUUACUUCCUUUUUAUCUCCAGGUAUUAUAUAUCACUGUGAUCUGACCAAAGAGGAAUUGGAGCCAAGAGUUUUCCGGGAGGUGACUGUGAAAGGGUUUGAUCCUUCUGUUUACCAGACAAUUCAGAUUUUCUACCCUAGCAAAGAUGGUACUAAGAUCCCAAUGUUUAUUAUUCACAAAAAAGGAAUUAAAUUGGAUGGUUCUCAUCCUGCCUUCUUGUAUGGAUAUGGAGGCUUCAACAUCUCAAUUACACCAAGCUACAGUGUAUCAAGACUAAUUUUUGUGCGACACCUUGGGGGUGUUCUAGCAGUGGCCAACAUCAGAGGUGGUGGUGAAUAUGGAGAGACUUGGCACAAAGGUGGAAUCUUGGCCAACAAACAAAAUUGCUUUGAUGACUUCCAGUGCGCUGCCAAGUACCUUAUCAAAGAGGGCUACACAUCUCCAAAGAAGCUGACUAUUAAUGGGGGCUCAAAUGGGGGCCUCUUAGUAGCUGCCUGUGCUAAUCAGCGCCCUGAUCUGUUUGGUUGUGCUAUUGCCCAAGUGGGAGUGAUGGAUAUGCUCAAGUUCCACAAGUACACGAUUGGUCAUGCUUGGACUACUGACUACGGUUGCUCUGACUGUAAAGAGCAGUUUGAAUGGCUUUGCAAGUACUCUCCACUUCACAAUAUCAAACUACCAGAAGAAGAUGGCAUCCAGUAUCCCUCUACACUGCUUCUUACAGCAGACCAUGAUGAUCGUGUGGUCCCUCUGCAUUCACUCAAAUUUAUUGCCACUCUGCAGUAUGUUGUGGGCCGAAGCCGUAAACAAACCAAUCCACUUCUUAUCCAUGUUGACACCAAGGCUGGGCACGGAGCAGGAAAGCCAACUGCUAAAGUUAUAGAAGAGGUGUCAGAUAUGUUUGCUUUUGUAGCACGAUGCCUAAAUCUUGAUUGGAUUGAAUAGGCAAAAUGCUUGUUGCAGUCUAUUUUAGAAAACAAGGGCUUUAACACCAUUUAAGACCAACCAGACUUCUACUUGGUGUAGUACUUACAUUUAAGAACUGCAGUUUAAUAUUUUAUUGAUCCAACCUGCUAUGGAGUUUUGAUCUUCUGUGCUUCCAUCUUUUCAGCAUUUCUUUGAAUUUCUUUUCUACUGCGUUCCGGUGUACAUUUUAAAUAGCAUGUUCAAAUAAAUAGCUGAGCUACUGUCAGUGCUGUUGUGAACAUUUAGAUCCAGAGUUUAGUGCUAGAUAGACUUAUUUCUUGUAAGCAAUUUUAAUGUAUUUUGCACCUGUAAACAUAUCCAGAUCAUCUGUAAUUAAAUGUAAGUACUGUCCCCAUA